UGGAUCUCUUUCCUUUAAAAACAACCCCUUUUAUAAAAAGAACUAACCAACACUUAUUGAUAUUCACAAUAUCUUGAGUACCUCAUAUUACACAUCGAUUUCACGGAUUGAACUUGAGUUGCAUACACCACUACUAUAUUACUGAUAUAUUUCAGAUUUGUUUUUUUAUUUAACGCUCUGAAUUGCUUAUCAGUACCGUAAUUGCCACUUUUAUUAAUACGAGACACCAACGGCGCACAACAUAACAUCAAUUUAAAACACUUACAAUGACUGAACCAAGCUACGCUGAAGUUGCUCAAGAAGCUGCCGAUGAGAUUACCAGAGAUGCCAACAAGGCUGGCACUAAGGUUGGUGACAAGCUUGAGAAGGACGCCAACAAUGCUAGCAGGGAUGCCGAAAAAGCUGCACAAGACCUGAAGUCUCAAGCUAAGGAUGCUGCUCACAAAGCUGGUGCCACAGCUAAGAAGCUUCAAGGCGACUUGAAGAAGGCUGAGAAAGAUGCUUCUGACAAAAUCAAGAAGGAGUACAACGAAAAGAAGGGCCCUGUGAUUGAAUUCUUCAAGGCUAUUGCCGAGAAAGUUUCUGCCACUGCAAGCUACGUUGUGAAUACCACCACUAAAGGUGCACACAAGGCCACUGAAGAGUUGCAGAACCCUGUUGUUGCUACACAAGCUGUUGUUGCUGUUGGUGCCAUUACCGGAUUGGUUAUUGGAAUCCAGGAACGUGCUAAGAUCUUUAGAUACAAAUCCGACUGUGAAAUUACCGCUAUCUUGGCUGGUUUGGUUGGUCUCGUUGUUCUUGACGGUGUGCUCUUCACGAAGUACUACCCAAAGUAUGACAAAAAGAGCCUCAAAUGAUCCUCUUGAUCAACAACUGCUCCUUUACCAUUAUAAGAAGAACCUUUUUAUAGUCGUGCUUGAUUAGUUUGUUCCUCAUCAGUGGGUCAAACACUAUCCAUAUGCCCCCUUUCAGAUUCUAUAAUUAUAACUACAAUUUCCUUGAAGUGUAAAUCUUGUAAAGCACCCACACUAAUGUUUGGCAAAGCGCAGUAUAUUUCCAGACAACUUGUCAUUGGCUGUAAAGAGGCGCAAAAAUUACAUGUUGCUAUGGCUCACAAGUUUGUGUCAGUUGCUUCCUGCAUUGAAUAAAACCUGUCAUUUGUCUCGUGGCCUUGCUCCCUCCAAU